GCGGGGAGUUCAACCUCUCCGGGCUGCCGGAGGCGGAGGAGAAGCCCCUCUUCGGCAUCGGCAUCGAGAACUUUAUUACCCUGAUCGUCUUCGGCUUGAUCUUCACCCUGGGGGUGCUGGGCAACUCGCUGGUGAUCACGGUGCUGGCGAGGAGCAAGCCAGGCAAGCGCCGCAGCACGACCAACAUCUUCAUCCUCAACCUGAGCAUCGCUGACCUCGCCUACCUGCUCUUCUGCAUCCCCUUCCAGUCCACCGUCUAUGUGCUCCCCACCUGGGUGCUGGGUGCCUUCAUCUGCAAAUUCAUCCACUACUUCUUCACCGUCUCCAUGCUGGUGAGCAUCUUCACGCUCUCAGCCAUGUCCGUGGACCGCUACGUGGCCAUCGUGCACUCCCGACGCUCCUCGGCCUUGCGGGUUUCCCGCAACGCGCUGCUGGGUGUGGGGCUCAUCUGGGCGCUCUCCUUCGCCAUGGCCUCGCCUGUGGCUCACCACCAGCACCUCUUCCACCGCGAGGCCAGCAACCAGACCUUUUGCUGGGAGCACUGGCCAAACCCACGCCACAAGAAGGUCUACGUGGUUUGCAUGUUCGUCUUUGGCUAUCUGCUCCCGCUGCUGCUCAUCUCCUUCUGCUAUGCCAAGGUUCUUAAUCAUCUGCAUAAAAAGUUGAGAAACAUGUCCAAGAAGUCAGAAGCAUCCAAGAAAAAG